AUGGAACAACCAAUAGUAACAACCGGAAGUGCGUCUUUUGCUGAUGAACUUUAUAGAUUACUCAAUGAAAUAAAGGGUAUCAUAAAAAACCUAAAGAAAAGCAAAAAGAUUCUUGAACAAAUCAUUCUCACUUCAGUUGAAACGAUUCGAGGAUUAAAUUAUGUAAAACAUGAUCUAGAAUCACUUUUUCAACAAAAUGAGGAUAUCUUUAUUAAAUAUAAAAUCUCGUUAGAAAGGAUAAAAAAAUUUGCGAAAGAAAUAGAAACAAUAGAAAAAGGCUCCUAUAUC